GUCCUACGCCAUUGCUGGCUGUGGACUGGGAACGAGGGGCCGGACAGUGAGUGCCCCAAGCAGGGCUCUCAGGUAACACUGCUCUCAAUAGGAUCCCUGUCUGUGAGCUGCACACGAUGGCUGAUGUUCUCAGACAGCAGCCUCUCAUGAAGGACCAGUACAGCCCAGACUCCUAUCCCUCCCCCCCAACAGCUACACAGCAUGCUGCAGGAGCUCGGGCUCCACACCAGGUCUUUGGGUGCUGCCCUCCAUCAAGUCUUUUCAUGUACUGAGAACCACCUAAGCUGCCCCUUUUUUCUGUCUCUGACAUCGCCCUAACCUUCCCCUCCCUGGGCCAAGCUUCUUAUUCCGACUGAGUACACCUCAGGCCACCAUGGCUCUCAGUGCUUCAAUUCCUAACGGCCGUAAUCACACACAUAUGGAGAUCCAGCUGGCUUCCAAAAGCAGGGUGAUAAACAACAAGCAUCCACAGAGCAAUAAUCAUAGAGAUAAUGUGGUCAAAGCUGAAGCCUCUUCAGGUCAGCCAAACCCCAUAAAGGCUUCAAGGACUCACAACGAGCUUCACAAGGAACUGCUACUGGCCCACAAGAGGGGUCUGGCGCUGAGCAGCAGGUCAGAACUCCAGCAGGUGCUGGAGAGGAGGAAGAGGGUGCAGAGUGAGCGCGAAGAGGAGGGACAGAGCAGGACUUCUCUGGAGGAUGUGCUGCUCCGACGUCAGCUGAAACAACUCGAGAGGGAGAAGGAACAGGAGGACAAGGUACAGCAGGAGUCCCAGUUGAUGGAGUUUGUCCGAGUCCGACAGAACCUAAGAAAGAUUCACUCUGCGAUCCAGAACAAGGCUGCAAACACCUGACGUGCUCCAGAAGAAUGCACACAAAUCAUCAAAUAAACUCCAGUCCAAGCUGAGCUCAUUCAUCAACCAGGUGCAUACUGAAAGACAAGAACUAGGAAUGGAUUCAAUACAGUUUUUUAAAGAAAG